UAACAGUAAUAAGACUGAAGACAAUAUUAAGGAUGUAGACCUUGAAAUCUUUUCAACAGAAACUAUCAAACCAUUUUCUCCGACCCCUCAUCAUCAAAGAACCUUUAAUCUCUCAAUUAUAGACCAAUGUAUGUACGAUGUGUACUCUCCAUGGAUCUUAUUUUUUGCUAAUACGAACAAGGAAAGUGUUACGGAUGUAGCCAAAAGAUCCAAACGUUUGAAAGAGUCUUUAUCUGAGAUUCUAACAAGAUUCUAUCCUCUAGCUGGAAAACUCAAGGACAACUUGCAAAUUGUAUGUAACGAUGAAGGAAUCUAUUAUACGGAGGCUCGAGUCAACCAGACACUCCAAGAUUUUCUACUUCAUCCAGAUGAUGAAAAAGUGAAAAGGUUGACGCCCAAAACACCUGGCAUCACAGAAUCUUCCAUAGGAAAUUAUGUUAUGGGCAUUCAGGUGAACAUUUUCAAAUGUGGUGGGAUUGGGCUUUCCACGAACACAUCACACAAGAUCGUUGACGCACAUACAUAUUAUGUGUUUAUGAAAGCAUGGGCAACAGCUUUUAGAGGCUCACAAGAAUCUGUUUCACCAAGUUUUAUUGCUUCUGAGAUCUUUCCUAACAAUCCUUUGUUAGAAUACUCGGUGUCUUCCAAGUUAUUGACCACCAAAUCACUUAGUACGAAACGAUUUGUGUUCGAUUCUACGACUUUGGGUAUACUCAAGGCACAACCAGUUGCCAGCACUAGCUCAACACAUCCACCAACUCGCGUGGAGGCCACAACUGCUGUAAUUUGGAAGGCUGCUGCCAAAGCGGCAUCAAAAGUAAGAAAUUUUGGUCCACAAUCACCUCAUGCUUUAUUGUCAGCAGUGAAUCUCCGACAAAGGGCAUCACCUCCUUUGCCUAAGGAAUCCAUUGGAAACCUUAUUGAUGUAGUUUGUGCAAUCUGCUUUCCCGGUGGCCACCUUGAUUUGCCAACCAUGAUGGGUGAUUUAAGAGAAGCAAUAACAAAAAUAAAUUCUGAUCACAUCGAGUCCAAGAAAGGGAUAAAGGGGCGUGAGACAUUUAAUGAGAUAUUAGGGAGAUUAAACCAACUGAUGGAUGCAACUGCCGAAGAAGACCGCUUAGUGGCUACAAGCUUUUUAAAUAGCGGAAUGUAUGAGUUGGAUUUUGGGUGGGGAAAACCAAUAUGGUUUUAUGUUAUGAAUGCUAGAGUCGUCCGGAAAGUGGCGUUGAAUGACACGUUGAAGGGUGGUGGUGUUGAAGCCAUAGUUACAUUGAGUCCGGAUGAAAUGGAGAUAUUCGAGCAUGAUUCAGAGCUUUUGUCCUAUGCCACUGUCAACCCUAGUCCACUUCGAUUUGUUCCUUAAAUGACAUAGAUUUCAUCUUUCUUUUCUGCUAGAUUAAAUUAUGACAUAAAGUUUGUUGCAACCGAGAAAGAAGGACCAAUGUUCAUGUUUAUGUUGGUAAAUGAAGAUCCAAUAAUAUCACACACUUAGUUUUAUUUUUGACUAUGUAAUGCAACACCAGUAGGUUAAUUAUGAUCAUCCCAUUUGUCGAAAAUAAUCAUCUUAUUUACCUUUCAA